AUGGCGGUAUUCAAGCUUCAAGAUACCUUGCGUUGCCCGGACCAACCUGCAAUCGUCCCAGAACGGCAAUUCUACAACUUUGCCAAGACGCGCCGAUCUUCGUCAUCAUCCAUCGCGAAUUACUCCACUUUCGCGACAGACCACCAGACUGAUCCGCGACCACUGCUCAACGUUGCAAAUCAUUGUGACACUGAAAGCAAUGGUUUCUCAGAGCAUGGGAAGCCUCAAACGACAGUGGACCUCAUCUAA